AUGAAGACCUUUAACCGGACAACUUGUAUUUCCCUUGUAGCCAUUCUCCUUCUCGCAUUCUCUUUACGCGUUGAAGCCCAGCAGUGUCGUCCGAGCGGCAAAAUUAGAGGAAAGAAGCCUCCUCCUGGGCACUGCAACACAGAGAAUGAUUCAGAUUGUUGUGUGAAAGGAAAGCUGUACACAACUUACAAAUGUUCACCCCCAGUGAGUAGCCACAACAAAGCCUACCUCACUAUCAAUAGCUUUGAGAAAGGCGGUGAUGGCGGCGGCCCAUCUGCAUGCGACAACCACUACCACUCUGAUGACAUACCAAUCGUGGCUCUAUCAACAGGAUGGUUCAAGAAUAACGGUAGAUGCUUCCACAAUAUAACCAUUACUGGCAAUGGGCGAAGUGUGGUGGCUAUGGUUGUGGAUGAGUGCGAUUCGACAAUGGGAUGUGAUGAGGAGCAUGAUUAUCAACCUCCAUGUUCCAACAACAUUGCUGACGGCUCCAAGGCUGUGUGGAAAGCCUUGGGCGUGCCUGAAGAGGACUGGGGUCGUCUUGACACCACCUGGUCUGAUGUUUAGUUUCAUGCUACAUCAAAUAACACAAACCUUAUAUGGUGGAAUCCCAAUUAUAUGCUUUGAUUUUACGUGUAUAUGAGCAAUACUCUGUUGUUUAUGCAUAAAUAUCAAUAUUUUUCAAUUUUUCAACCAAAAA